AUGGAGCUUCAGGAAAUUAAGUGUGCUGGGAAUAGUUUUACUUGGAUUAGGCCUAAUGGUUAUGUGAAAAGCAGGCUUGAUAGAUUCUUGGUUUCGGAGCAUUGGCUAUCUCUUUGGCCUGAGAGCUGUCAACUUGUCCUCCAAAGGAAUCUUUCUGAUCAUUGCCCAACCAUCUUGCAAAAUAGCAUGGUGGAUUGGGGUCCUAAGCCCUUUAGGGUGUUUGACUGGUGGCUGCAACAAAAAGGGUAUCAAAAAAUGGUGAGGGAGGCUUGGAAUAAUGAUCAGCAGGGGGGUUCGGGGGGUAUUGUCCUUAAAAAUAAGCUGAAAAACUUCAAAGCUGCUAUAAAGCAGUGGAGCAAGGUAGAGGGGAAUAUUAAUGCCAAGAAGAUCCUCAACAUUCAACAGAAACUAAAUGAGGUGGAGAAUCUAGCCUCUCAUCGAAUUCUGUCUGAUCAAGAGCUUAAGGACAGAAACUCUCUUCAGCAGGAGUUAUGGAAUGCUUCAGAUGCUUUUGAAUAUUUAAUGACACAAAAAUCUAGGGCCAGAUGGUUGAAGGAAGGGGACUACAACACUAGUUACUUCCACAAAAUAAUAAAUUUCAGGAGAGCAUACAAUGCUAUUCCAGGUAUUCUUAUUGAUGGGGAGUGGGUCCAGCAACCUAAUACAGUGAAGAAUGUAGCUGCUAAUUUCUUCCAUAACAGAUUCACUAAACAGAACCACUCUAGACCUACCUUGAAUAGGGUUCAAUUCAAUUCUAUUUCUCGGGGGCAAAAGGAGCAGUUGACUGCCCCUUUCUCUCACCAAGAGGUCAAAGAAGCUGUCUGGAGGGGAUAA